CUUGCUUCUGGGCCCUCAAUGCCUUGGUCAUGGCAAUCAAAAUGAGUGGCUACACCGGCUGUCGGGGUUUGCCUGCCUGCCCACUCGAGCGCCUGUGCGUCGCCUGCCUGCGUCUGCUUCGAGUAAAGGCGGCCCGUGCUUCAUUUCAUCUCCUGCCGUCCCCCCUUCGCUGCCCUGCCCUGCCCUCUGCUCUGCUCUCCUCCCUCGCUCCCUUCAUUCACCCUCGUUUGUGCCUGUCCGUCCGCACUUUGAUUGACCCACUCUCUCAUCCGCCCAAGCCCGCCCGUCGUGUCGUGUCGUGCCUCUGCCCUCCUGUCACUCCUUGCUUCUCCCAGUCUUUGCACCUUUCCUUUUCUCCUCACCCUCGUUCACUCUGCUUCCAUCGACACACUCUCGUUUGUGCCGCUGCCCAUCUGCCACAUUCCCCCUCUCCACCAAAUCAGGGGCUGUAUCUCGGUUUCACUCCAACCCGGCAUUCCUGUGUCCUACACGACCCGUUUCAACCCAUCCCCAUCUCUUCCUCUACCAUCACCAUCACCACCAUCCAACGCCUGCGCCGUCACUUCCUCAUCUCCCCCGUGUGAACUCGCCGACGUCCUCAACGACUCCCAUCCACGCCGUCCCUCCACACCUGGAUCCGGCCACGGGACGCCCUACGACUCCACGAGCAAAUCUUUUCAUGUGUCUGCCGCCCACCGUCUAGACACACAAACGUUGGUCUUUGCUGGCGAAGCGCCUCCAUCAAUCGUCCAUCUACUCUCCCUAACCCUUCCGAGUCGCCCAUCAUGUUCACCAUCAACCACCUCUCCGCCUUGGUUGCGGCUGCAUCCUUCAUGUCUGCUACCUCGGCCGCUUCCUGGACAUCGUCCUCCGUUCUCCAACUUCCCACACCCACAGCCAAGGCCGAAGGAGCGGCCACCAUGGAUAUGAUCGGGUGCUUCAACAGCAGCGCUCCCCUCGACGACCACGGUCCUGGUACCUUCCAAACCGAUGGCAACUGUCAGCAGAUCUGCCUUGGUUUCAAAAAGCUCGUCCUCGGCUUGUCAGACGGCGACAGAUGCUGGUGUGGAGACAUGUACCCAGCAGAAGACUCAAAGGUUCCCGACACCGAGUGCGAUGUUGGAUGCCGCGGUAGUCCCAAGGAGGUCAUGUGCGGUGGCAAGAGGAAAUGGAAUAUCUACAACAUGAACACACGACCCACCGAACCCGAUUACUUUGUCGAUGACACCCCCUCCUCCUCCUCGGCGUCCUCGAGUGCAGUGGCCCAGAAAACCAGCUCAGCCGCCAGCACAGCAGCUGUUACUCAAACCCAGUCCUCAGCUCCUCCUCCCGAGAACAAGCCAAACACUGCCGGAAUCGCUGCUGGUGUCGUGGUCGGUGUCGUCGCUCUGGCUGGCAUCAUCGGCGGUGUAUUCUUCUACCUUCGUCACAAGAAGAGGCGUGACGUGGAAAACGAGUACCGCAACCGCGCCUCCGUCAACAACUUCGUCUCCGGAGGCAAGAUGCACACAAGCAACUCUUCCAUGACCGAUUCUCGUCUGGAUCCCGAGUUCAUGGCUAGACGGCAAAGCAAUGGCAGCAUUGCUGACAACGAAGAUUAUUCACGGCGGAUAUUGAAGGUGCGUAGUAGUCUCCACUCUUGUAAUCAUGAGAAUCAUAUCAACUGA